AUGUUUCCUCCAACGCAAGGCUUGCGAUUGGACAUUGAUGCCAUCAGCCAGAUCUUUGGUUCCAUAAGCAUCGCAUGCUGGAUAGUGGUUUUCUCGCCUCAGAUAAUCGAGAACUGGAAGAGAAGCUCAGCAGAAGGCCUUUCAGUAGUCUUCAUCGUAAUAUGGCUUCUCGGCGACUUCUUCAACAUCAUAGGUGCGGUACUGCAGGGUGUACUGCCAACGAUGACCAUCUUGGCGGUGUACUAUACGCUAGCCGACAUCGUGCUGCUGCUUCAGUGCUUCUACUACAAAGGCUUUACAUUGCGCGAUGAGUUCAAGAAGCCGACGGAUGAAUCUGAUGAGGAUAGCGACGCCAGUGAACAGUCACCGCUUCUCCCCCACCGCAGGCCACAGUCAAGUGGCUCUCCCUACACAAACGGUAAUGGUAACGGAAUUGAGGUACAGCGACCACGCAUCUCAGACAUCGAUCGACGCGGCUCAGGCCACUCGCAAGGCUCGUUCCGCGAACGCUACCUCUCCAUCGACGGCACGCAUCUCUCGCCUGUCACACCGCUCCACGAUGACUCUACUGCUGCAUAUCAAAAUGGCGCAGUCGCAGCCAGACCUCAGCCGGCCCAGUCCAACAUGCAAACGAUCAUCUUCAACCUUGGUACCAUCGUUCUUGUAUGCGCGGCCGGCGUCUUCGGUUGGUAUCUCAGUGCUCGGAACUCCACCGCUCCCAGCCAGCCCGAUGAUCAGGACUCGUCACCCGAAUCAACUUUGCACUUCAACCUCUGGGGCCAGGUCUCCGGCUACGUUUGCGCCGCACUCUACCUCGGCUCCCGCGUUCCGCAGCUGCUGCUCAACUACCGCCGCAAGUCGACCGAGGGCAUCAGCAUGCUGUUCUUCCUGUUUGCUUGCUUAGGUAACUUGACGUACGUGUUGAGUAUCAUGGUGUACAAGCCCAAGUGUGGGGGUCAUGUAUGCCAGGAUGGUGAGGGACGGGCCGAGUACGGCAGGUACAUCGCAGUCAAUAUGAGUUGGCUGCUGGGCAGCUUCGGCACGUUGUUGUUAGAUGCUGGUGUGUUUGUGCAGUACUUUCUGUAUAAAGUGGAUGAUGAUGAGAGUGACGAGGAAGAGUAG